AUGUUAUUGGCCCUUGCAUCAGCAGGUCGUUCAUCUGAGCUUCGAGCUCUUGAUCUGAGAUUCAUGACAAUGACUGACAGCAGCAUUAUUUUUGAGCUUGGUCGACUAACAAAGUCACGGAAAAAAGGGCAAAAACCAAUCAAGCUGAUAUUUAAUUCCUUCCAGUCGGACCCUUUGUUAUGUGUAGUGUCAGCCAUUACCUCCUAUGUGGAUCGUACAAAAAGGUGGCGUUCUGUAUUAGCUCAGACCCAGUUAUUACUAAGCUUUGUUGAGCCCCAUAAGGAGGUGGUGCCCUGUACAAUUGCAGGCUGGUUGGUAGGACUGAUGAGUGAAGCAGGUGUGAACACCUCUGAAUUUAGUGCACACUCUACCAGAGGUGCCUCUACUUCUAAAGCCAAGGCUAAAGGCCUCUCGUGUCAGGAAAUCAUGAAUAAAGCUAAGUGGAAGAAGGAAUCCACUUUUAAAAGGCACUAUUUGAGGGAUGUAACUGCUGAGGCAACAGUUGGGCAGGAUGGUUUCCAGGAAACAGUAUUCCAAACAG